UCUAGUAGAUACAUGCAUCGCGAAAACAAGUGGCGGCUUGCUUGACUGUGUUUUCUGAAGUCCAACCUCCAACAACUGGGAAUCACCGCCUGAUAGGCGGAACUAUGAGACGGAAAGAUAUUUGCGCAUUUUGCGCACAUAUGGCGUAAACAGCAUGUGCCUCGCCCAUUUCCGUGUUUUCCAGGAGGAGUAAAACACAAGUCGAGCCAAAUACAGUGGAAAGAACUUUGCAGACAUGUUGUUGUUAUACGUGGCUGCUUCCUGCGUGUUAUUUGGUUCAGCUGCUGGUUUGACGGAGGAAAAGGAGUGCUAUGGCGGUACCUUGACUUUGCCGUUUGAUUACAUACCAGUUCUUUUCAAAGGACAAAUGUACUUCACUCCGAGUAGUGGGGGACCCAGGAAGCUAAUCAUGGAUAACGGGGAGGCAAAGGACCCACGGCUCAUAGUGUCUAUGACUGCAGUUCAAUUCAGAGAUUUGAGAGAUGAGGGAACUUUUUCCAUCUCAACUGAUAAUCGCACACUGCUGGAUAUCAUCAGACUGAACAUUUUAGACUGUUCUGACAAGAUUACAAAGUAUUACGGGGAUACUUACUUCGGCUCUCCCCCUAGUGGCGCUGAACUCCUGGAGUUCACUCGCCUUCAUAGUAAGGACCAGCCAAAGGUCCUCUGGAAUCGUACCGACCCUCAGACCAAUAGUGGAGGCAGAGUGCGGGUGACACGUAAUGGGAGAUCAUGGCAGAUUAAUGACCUCACUCAGGCAGACAUCGGCCACUACAGCUUCAGAGCAAAAGACAACUCUUGGCUGCAAACGACUUUUCUCAAAGUAGAAGAGCACGUUUCAAACCAUAUUGCCAAGGUGGACAAGUCAUUCCUCGUUGACAUGAAACCUGCUUUAAGAGGUGAGCUGUGGACUGUGAGUUUUACACCUAAGGGUGAGUUGUCUUCCAUACCAUUGGUCAGAGAACGCAGGCUGGUCAACAAAUGGAAUUUUCAAUGGAGAAUUCAGCUCUUAGGUCUCGGCAUUGACAUUGAUCCUGUGAAACACGGAGACUCUGGCACCUUUGAGUACAGAGACCAGCAAGGCAACCUGUUCCAGACUGUAACAAUAGAUGUAAAGGAUGAAGAGAUUUCUACAGCUGGUAUUUUUGCUAUUGUUGCUGCGGCUGUCUUUGCGGUGGUUUUCAUCGGUUUAAUCGUAAAAAAGUGCUGUUGUAAAAAGAGCUCUUCUAAAAGGGACGCGUCCACACCUCCUGUGUUUUACCAUAGUUCGACUCAACCUGCAGGCCCGAGUUACUCUGCUGCACCUGCUCCACAUCACUCUUAUCAGCCAACAAACUCCUUUGUUCCUACAGAACCGACAACUACCUCCCUCGAGCCAUCGGUUGCAGCUGUUGGAGCGCAGACGACCGAUCCAGCUCCUACACUCGGCUCUGAUUGUCUCUCCUCGGAUCCUGGGCCACAUUUUGAGGUGAAGGGACUGAGAUCUCCCUCUGCUCCCCCCCUCAAUUCAGACUCAACUCUCAGUGACGUUUAUACGUCAGAUAAACUCAACUUUCUGUAAGGAGUUCACUGAAAAUUUCAGCGAUGCAGAGUUGAAUUUAGCAUUGUACUUUAACAGGGAUGCAGCCUUUCAUUCCUCGCUUGUGUGAGAUAUGUAAGUAAUAAGUUAGGUUCCUUAGUAAUAGGUUGUGAAGUAUGGAAUAUAAAUUUGUAGGGCAUAAACUCAGGUUAUAUAUGGAAUCCAUAAUGCACUUUUUCUUGCUGCCAAGAAUAAUCAAAGGUGCUAUUACCUAUCAGUGUCUUUGAUGUGUUUGUUAAGCAUUUUAAGAAUUUAUAUAUGUUACCUUUUUCUUACAAAGCAUGAAAGAAAGAAAAAAAAAAAGUCCAGCACCUGAAACCGGAAACACCGGAAACUAUUCUCUCUCUCACUCUCUGGCUGCGUCUCGUGUUGUCUAUUUCGCAUCCCUACUCCCCUCACUUGUGCCGUUCACUUGCGUCUUAGUCCCGCCCACCGGGGCUGCAUGGAGAGACGCAGGGAAACGAAGCAAGGAGAGAGGAUAGAGGAGACAUCAAAUAAGAGACAUGGGAUGCACCCUCUGUCCGUAUAUUUAGCUUGUGUUUAAGCUGGAGUUUUUCCAUAAGCUCUUAUUGCCUUUAAAAACUGCUUUGAUCAGUGUGGUGUAGUGGAGGGUAUGUGCUAGUUAAUGGUGGAAAACCUUUUUUUGGUGGUUUACAAUAAGCCAUUUAAAUAUAUAUAGACAUACCCACUUCCUUCUUGGUAACCUGCCCAUCUACCUCAUGUUACAACCUACCUCAUCUACUAACAGUAUACUGCUCUAUAAAGCCUAACUGCAGUAUGCAAAGGGCGAAAACGAGAAAAACUGCUUUAAAGUUUUUAGGUAAGUGAUAUGACACUUUUUUACAUGUAUUGCUGAUGUAUUUUUUAUGCUAAAAAUAAUUUUGUGCAUUGCUGUAAAAAGUUCCAAUAGUAAUGCAGAGUGCGGUAACUACAAUGUUGUCUUCUUUCAGCUUUUAUAUUUUGUUGUCAGUGAAUAAACAUUUUCAAAUUGAUUUUGUUAUAAGUGUAUUUAAAAGUGUUUAGCAACUCUAUUCAAAGAUUUUGUGUAUUUUAGACUUAAUACUAUAAGGUAAUGUUAUAUUUUAGUCUUAAUAUAAUUAUAUCUUACUUUUUUUACUUCAUCACUAUCUAGAUAAUAAUUUCCCUAUCAAAUAAAUUUAGAAUGUCUAUUAUUCUUGUCUUCACUAUUCAACACAAUGAAGAAAUACAAGGCUACACUGUAG